AUGGGGCCUCAGGAGCCAGAGCUCGAGGUCCCCGCGCGGCUGCAAAGUGACACCAGCGCCCCCGAGUGCCCGGGCCACGCGCAGGGCCCGCCAGGCUGGCGCGCCAUCCUCCCCGCCCCCCGCACCGGCAGGGGCGACGCCCAGGACCCGGCGCGGGUCCCCGGACUGCACGCGCUGUCGCCCGCCUCCGACGCGACCCGCUGCGGUGCCGCAGACAGGAGAAAAAAGAACGAUCUGGAUGUUCUGGAAAUGCCAUCUAUUCCCAACCCCUUUCCUGAGCUCUGCUGUUCUCCGAUUACCUCUGUGCUGUCGGCAGGCCUGUUUCCCAGAGCAAACUCAAGGAAGAAGCAGCCUGUGUCCGGCCUGACCGAGAACACUGCACACACACGGGAGGCUGAGCCAAUUUCUGAGCUAGUGCUGGCUGAGUUACUGGUGCCAGUUCCUGAGGAGUGUCCCACCUCCCAAAGACACUUUUGCCUGUCUCUUUCUAGGCCCAGGACUGACAACUUCAUGUAGAGGAUGGCCCACUGUUGACGACGAAGAAGAUAGGUUUCCCUUUUCUUCCUUCUUUCCCUUUUUAAUCUCUCCUAAACUUUGCAUCGAGAAUUGAUCUUUUAUUCUAAUUACUUUGUACAGUUCCUUGUGAUGUGGUGCUUUGAGUACUCAUGGCUCUCUAUAUCAGUUAUUCCCAUAGGCUCAGCAUUUUUAUCACACACAGGCAUGGCCCACCCACCUUGUUACAAGACAGUACUUCUGGCCCCGAUAUCUUCAGCCUUUGGAUGAGAUGAUGUGUAUGAUGGUAUGUGACUGCAUUGCCCCUCCCAAUAUGACUUACGGCUGAAACACAGGAACAUGACACCUUUCGUUGCAUUCACUUUCAUUUGUUAAAUCAUUCCAGACAUGUUGGAAGAAGAUUUUUUUCUCUCCCUAGAAAAAAAUGAAGAAUCGUGACUUGUUAUUUAUAAAUAAAUGCCUAGAAAGUUUGAGAGACUCCAGACUAGAAACGUUAAAUUUCAUUUGACCUUUCAAAGCCACAGUCAAAAUCAGGCCACGAGUAUGCUUCCAAAAAAAAAAAAAUCUUGAGAUGCUUCCAUGGGGUGUGAUUGGUAGAUCACACUGGAGCCACAAAUAGAAUGGGCUUUAUCUCUUUGGCAAAUAUGCGCCAAAGCAUAUAGUGCUGUGUGAUUUCAGUAUUAUAUUAACACAAGAACUAGCAUGGAAAUCUCCUCUUUAGUUUCCACCCUCUUUGUUUUAAUGUUAACCACAUCAAAUCAUGAGCCUGCUUCUUUGUGCUUGACAGUAAUAGCUAUUUAAAGUAUUCCUUCCUUUAACAUAUGUGAUCCAGGAAAAUUACUUACAUUAAAAAUGAUUUUCAUUAUGUAAAGAAAUGUCUUUUAUAAUUUAUGAUAGAAAUUUGCUAGGAAAUUAUCCUUUACAGAUGGAUGUCAAAGACCCAUUUGAAGACACUUGGAGAAUAGGAAAAAAGGAAGAGAUUUUGAUCUUCGCUGCCAAAUCAUUUCUUGUGUUGCUUUUCAGGCAUUAAAUACUUUUUGAGCUUGGACCCAGUUUGUGUAGGUUUCUGGUCGGUUGACUCCAAGGACUAUAUAGGGUAGCUAAUUCAGAAUAAGGCGCCUGGACAGUGUCACUGAAUACUAGGAUUGGGAGAGAUGCUUGACGUCAUCCACUGCCCGACUUUCAUUGCUCUGUAAAUUGUGUCUAAGUGAUGCUAGGUGCUUAAAGGUGAUGUAACUAGGACUUGGCAAUUGUAUUUUUUCAGGACUUAACAAUAGUAUUUUUUCAGGAGGUACAAAUCUCCAAUGACAGCAAGGACCAUGGACCAUGUACCUAGUGUAGGUAAUAAACUCUUGUGAACAUUCUUAGCUACAGCCCUACCUUCAAUACAUGACAGCAGGUCCAACUAGCCCUGUCUAUUAAUAUUCAUCUAAAGAUGUGGAAUUUCUUUUUUUCCCUUUUUUGAAAUACAACUCUAUGAUUUUCCUAUGACUUUGCUUUCCUAAAAUUGAUAUGAAAAAUCAAUCAAAGAGUUAAUUAUAUCAAAUCAUGCUUGUUAGUAUUGUUCAUAACCAACUUUCAUAUGCAGUUUAUGAUCCUUGGUAAACAUCUCAGAAGAGUAUUAGAAUGUAGUUGGUCAUUGUAGGCUGUUUUGUCAAUCUAGUAUUUAGGAGGCUGAGUCAGAAGGAUUGUGAGUUCAAGGUCACAAGUUAUGUAUAGUGCAUCUAAUAGAAUAUAAUAUCUUUAUGUGCUCUGUAAUAGAUUAUAAUGUUUCUAGUCUGUCCUGCAGCAUUUUUCUUUCCCCCUCCUCUUUCUCUCCUUUCCUCUUCCUCCUCUUCUUUCUUUCUUUCUUUCU